AUGGCGGAUACCGGGUCCAAGACCUGGGCUGUUCUGAUUGGGAUCAAUUUCUACCCUGGAAACAAGUCCUUGAAGGGAUGCGUUCACGACGUCACAUCCAUUCGGGAGUUCCUGACCGAGAGUGUCCCGCGUAUAGACAUCAAAGUCUUCACAGCGAGCCAGCCUUCUGACCCUACUGCCAACGGUCCCCCCGAAGAACCUGCCUCGCUACCAACGUACGAUAACAUCACAAACGGACUAAAGAGCAUAAAUGAUCAAGCAAGAGCCGGAGAUGCAGUUUACAUUCAUUACUCGGGUCAUGGUGCAGAUCGUCAGUCUCCCCAACCGGCUGGCAAAGAUCCACAGAUCGACAAAGACGAGUUUGCCUUAGUCCUGUAUGAUCGGACACAUGGAAUGAAGAAACUACCGGGAAGCAAACUAGCAAGACUACUAAAGGCAAUGGUGGACAAAAAAUUGGCUGUCACUGUAGUCCUCGACUGUUGCUUUUCUGGAGGCGUUACGCGACAUGGCACCAAACGUAUUUCAACUAUACGAAGCAUAGAUGUUGAUUCUACCAUUGAUGACGAUGCUUGUUCCUCACUUCCUGGCAGGAGUCGAGGGCCUCCUCUUCGUGACGGCCGCAUCGUCCCUCAAUGGUUAGUACAUCCGGACGGCUAUGCUAUUCUCUGUGCCUGUGGACCCGACGAGAUUGCUGAAGAACUCGAGUUCGACAAAGGGACGUUCCACGGCGCACUAUCAUACUUCUUACUCCGGGCAAUAAAGUCACUGAGAAGCUCCGGCAUGAAGAUGAAUUCUGAAGCUCUGCGUCACCAUAUUUGUGCUAGAUUUCAUGCUACGCUACCCCAACAGAAUCCCAGACACUACGGGAAAGGGGCUCUAUCAUGUUUUGGGAAUUGCUUGAAUAAAGCUGAAGAGCCAUUUACUGCUGUUUUCGUCCCACAGGAGGGCGAUCGGUUAUGUCUUAGAGCUGGGUAUGCGCAUGGUGUUCAACAAGGCGACGAGUACGAGGUUUGCCCCUUCCCCGCAGCCGGUAACGAAGCAGACACCGUAAAGCAACCUUCGAUUUGGGUCAAAGUCAGCGUUGUUCGCGGCCUCACUUCGGACGUGGUAUCAUCCGACCCAACUGUUUCCCUUGGUUCUGUUAAGUCAGGUUGGAUAGCUAAGCCUCGCAGUCAACUGCGUCUUCAGAAUACCACCAUACAACUUGUGAUCAAAGAUAGCGAUAUCAGCAAGUGGCAAGAUGGGUCUGCUUCUCGAAAUUUUCUCAGAUUUUGCAGAGAUGACCUAGAGGGUCAGCCUUGUCUAUUCAAAAUCCAUGUGAACAGUGGCCAUGAAUACGAAGUCAUCGACCAAUCGAAUCAACCAGUGGCAACUCUCCCGACUGUCUCCUGUGACAGAAAGGAUGCAACGGAUCUUGUUAUGAAUAUGCUCGAGCAUGUGGCCAUUUAUAAAUCCAUCGAAGCGAUCGAGAACCGCUUUCCGUCGGUGCCAUUCUCUGAAUCAUUUGCUAUCGAACUUGUGGACGCCGAAGGGGUCUUCCUUCUGAAUUCUGGCGUCCUUGGAGUGCAAAACGACGAUGUGGUGAGAAUCAAAAUCCGAAACUGUGGCGAUGCGUCGAUAUACGUCCAUCUGCUUGAUUUGCGUCCUUCUUGGGAAAUUGUCGACAUGAUCCGGACUAACGACGGCGCGGACUAUGUAGAGGUCCCCGGAAAAACAGAAUUCUCGAAAUUAACACUUCAAAUGAAAGUACCAGACUACCUUGUGAGCAAAGGACAAAGUCAAUGCGAAGAUGUCUUCAAAUUUAUUGUCACAAGUCGGGCAACCUCGAUCAAUGGAUUGAGCUUGAAGGAGCUUCCUAGUACAAGUCUUCGUGGGAAUCAGGACAAAGUCUCUGAUUUCCUUCUACAACUGUGCUCUCCGCUGAGAGGCAGUAGAGCAGAUCCUCUGUCAGAAGACUGGGCGGCCCUUAACUUCGUUGUACGGACUAGGCUGCCACAGUGCCACCUCCAUAGUCUCUGA